AUGAACUCUUCAAAUGAGGUCAUGUUAAGGUUCAAAAACUCAGCAAAUCCCUACCCAGCGUCUUCGAAGCUGACCAGCCUGCAAGCCGAACAGCGGCACCUCAUGCCCUCCCACGCUGACCUCACAAUGGCCGCGCCCUCUCCUGGACACCUCUUCCAAAACUUUCCAUCUCAACUUUCCAUCAACAGUUCUACGCCGGAGAGAAGUUUUCAAAAAGAUUUGGUCGCAGGGGCAUUUCGUCCCAAGGACUAUCUGGCCAAUUUCAAUACGUUAUUCAACUCGAUGGGAUUCUACCCGGCACCAAGCAUUUCAAACGUCGACAGAUCCAAACAUACCUUCAAAAAACGAAAAUCAACUCGCUGGUCGAUCGCGCACGUGAAGAUAGCCUGGGAGAUUCACAUGGAUCAACAAAAAAAACUUUCCACUACCAUCACCACCGCCCCAUCACUCACGUCAUCAUCUUCAUCCACACCCUCCAAAAAACUUGUUCCUGAUAAGAAUGAUUGCGAAAAUAGCUCAUUAUCAGACAAAAAUAAAUGGCUAAAAAUCAAUUCAGAAAAAGUUUUAUUGGAGGAAAACUACCAGAAGGCUGUAUAUUUCUACGGUGGCAAUAAAUAA